AUGAAGGCACGGGAACUGCUGUGUUUCUUCCUCGCUGUCACACUGGACCCUUGUGGAUCUCGAGACCUAUUCUUCCCAGCCUUCUUCAGUUACCACAAUAGUAAUAAUGAGCAACUCAUUAUUGGAAGAUAUGAUGAAGAUGUAAUUCUCCCUUGCCUGUUUACGAGCGAGUCUGAAAUUGUAAUUCACUGGGAAAUUCAAGAUAACAUUGUUCACAGUUACUUCAAUGGCAUGGACCAGUUUGAAAGACAGUAUCCUAGAUUCGCAAACAGGACAUCCCUCUUUCAUAGUGAAAUUCACAAUGGGAAUGCCUCUCUAACUGUCAGAAGACUAAGCCUUCUGGAUGAAGGAAUUUAUACCUGCUAUGUGGGAACAAGAAGUAGAUCUACUGUGAACAAAGUGGUGCUAAAAGUGGGAGCUUUCCACACACCUUUAAUGAAAUAUGAAAAAAAGAACACAGAAAGCUUUCUAGUAUGCAGUAUCCUGAGUGUUUAUCCUCUUCCACGUAUCACAUGGAAAAUGGACAAUGCAGAUGUCUCUGAAGGCAGUACAGAAGUAACUGGGUCUCCAGGUCCUUUUUGUGUUAAAAGUACACUGAAUAUUACGGGAUCAAAUUCAUCUUUUGAGUGUGUUAUUGAAAAUUCACUUCUCAAUCAGACAUGGAGAGGACAGUGGACAUUGGCAGGUAGUCAUUGGAUGACUCAAAGUGAGUCCAUCUCACUCUGGUGUAGAGUCAGCAGCAAUUUCUCUCUGCAAAAUCAAGACUUCCAUGUUAAUUGGUCCAAAGGAGAAAAUGUCUUGGAUUGGCAUCUGAACUCUGCACAGAACAGAACUGCUAAUGACCGCCGAUUCUCACAGAAUAAAGAGCUGAGAAGUCACAGUGCCUUCCCCAUAACAUUGAAGUAUCUUAAUCCUUCAGACAGUGGGGAAUACUUGUGCAAUGUCUCUUCAACUGAGCAUACAUUACUUACCGUCCACAGGCUACAUGUAGUACCAAGUCAAGUUUCACAGCAUCUUGGAAUUUGUGUCUCACUUUCACUGCUGAUGGUGCUAGCAAUAUGCUACUGUAUAUGGAUAAGAAAAUCUACUGACUCUGAAGAAAUGUGUGUUGUCGUUAUUGAUGAGAGUGAUAACCCCAGUGGACACAACGGACACAAAGCAUCAUCUUAUUCAUCAAACCAUUCCUGA